AUGGAAGGUCGCUACGUCAAUGUGAUCAUACCAGGAAUUAAGAGAUAUAUGACUCUGUGUGAAGUGGAGGUGUUUGCUUCUCUAUCUGUGCCAGAUGUUGUCAUUCCUCCACCUCCUCCCAGCCCUCCUCCCACUGUGAGCCUGCAGCUUGGUGGCAGGAACGUGACGGUGGUGGGAGAGAGGCUCUGCUGGUCUGAUGCUCUGAUGUACUGUAGACGUUAUUACUGGGACCUGCUCAGCCUUCACAACCAACAGGAGCAAAGCGAGUUGGAGCAGCUGCUGAGCCUCGUUCCUUUCUCCCUCACUGACCAUGUCUGGCUGGGACUGCGCAGGUGUGCUGUCAUCUCUCACAUUCCCAGCGGACAAGCGUUUUAUUUUCCAUGUAACUCUGUGAAGGGACGCUACGUCACUGUGUUUUUACCAGGAAGUGCAAAGGUCCUGAGUCUCUGUGAGGUUGAAGUGUACUACGUGCCAGAUGUUAUUACGACUCCUCCACCUCCUCCCACCCCUCCUCCACCUGUGAGCCUGCAGCUUGGUGGCAGGAAUGUGACGGUGGUGGGAGAGAGGCUCUGCUGGACCGAUGCUCUGAUGUACUGUAGACGUUAUUACUGGGACCUGCUCAGCCUUCACAGCCAACAGGAGCAAAGUGAGUUGGAGCAGCUGCUGGGCCUCAUUCCUUUCUCCCUCACAGACCACGUCUGGAUGGGACUGCGCAGAUCCCUCAGAGCAGACGAGUGGUUCUGGAUGUCUGGAUAUUCCAUGAAUUUCUUAAAUUGGCCACAAGAUUUUGUUCCUGACAGCUACUCCAGCACCUGUGGAGGCGUGGCCAGCAUGGAUAACUUCCUCUGGCAGGACCAGCCCUGUGCUGACAAUGCUGUGCAGAGAGUUCAUUUCUACAGCACCAAGGAUCCAACAAGUCCAUAG